AUGGCUACCGAUAACGACGUAGCACCUCCUCAAUACCCUUCGCUUGCGUUGGCACAGCAAUUGUUCGUUUUGCGUGAGCCGAGCCUGCAACACCUCCAUGCCGAGACUCUCCCCGUUCUCCUCGAUAAAAUCAAUGAAUUGUCGGCAUACCCGCUGUAUGCUGAGCUCAAGUCUCUGAUUGGAAGUGAAUGGAAGCAAUCGGUAUACGACGAGAUGAAGUCCAAAGCCGAGGCGGAGGAGAAGCUGCUGGAUGACGAUGCGGAGAAGGCGAAGGAACAGGAGGCUGAAGGCGAGGAGGACUUGCGCAAGAUUGAAUUCAAGAGGAUCAACCUUGUCACACGCAUUCACGACUUCGAGCGCUCUCGCACUUUGGUUGACGCCAUUCUCGCCGCCCCCACGACCUCCAUCCCGACAAAGCUUGACUUCUCCUUCACCCACCUCCGUCAGGCACUCUUCGUCGCUGACGUUGCACUUACCGCAUCCACCAUCGAGUCUACUCGCACAUUGAUUGACCAAGGAGGUGAUUGGGACCGCAGAAACAAGCUGAAGGCUUACGAGGGCCUUUUCCUCCUUUCCCAAAGACAAUACGCACAAGCAGCCAACCUCUUGCUCGACUGCGCCACCACAUUCACAUCUACCGAGCUCUGCACCUACGAAGAAAUCGUCGCAUGGGCCGUCGUAGCCGCCGUGGUCUCCCUCCCACGAACGGAGCUCAAGACCCGCGUCAUCGACUCGCCCGAGGUAUUGGCAGUCUUGCCUCCUACACACGCUCUUGUCACCCUGACCCAAUCCCUCUAUAUUUGCGAUUAUGCCUCAUUCUUCCGCGCUCUCGCCGAAGCUGAACAAUCCGUCCUUCUCACGACCCGGUACACCCGCCCCCACGCUCGCUGGUACGUCCGCGAACUCCGUCGUCGAUCCUACGCUCAGCUUCUCGAGUCCUACCGCUCCGUGUCUCUGUCACAUAUGGCUGCGGCAUUCGGAGUCAGCACUUCCUAUAUCGAUGCUGAUUUGGCAAGGUUUAUUGUUGGGGGUGGCUUGGCUGCUACGAUUGAUAGGGUUGGAGGGACAGUUGAGACAAAGAGGUUGGAUGAGAAGAACGGGGUUUAUACGAAGUUGAUUAAGGUUGGUGAUGGGGUUUUGAAUAAGUUGCAGAGGUAUGGGGCUGUUGUUGAGGGCGUUGAGUAA